AAUGCUGGAAAGGAAGGUGCUGAGUAUGGGCUGAGAUGUGAGACCUACGGUUCAGACCUUCAGGCUGGGGUAAUGGGGCACCUGGCUCAGCCUGAAUCCAGAAUCCUGUUGGCAGAUUCCCCAGUGUGCUGUGGCCUUCCGUGGUGGUUCAUGAGGUUCACUGUGACCAGGAACUCCAUUUUUUUCCCCCGACACCAGAAACUGAUGAUUGUGGAAAAGAAAACGUCCAGGCUUCAAGGUCUCUUAGAGCUCGCUAUCAGAGUUGGAGACCUAAGGUGUAAUGGCCACUCCAGGGCAGUGUGUGUGCGUGCACCUGUGUUGGGAGGUGGUGUAAAAUAGGUUAUAGAGCCAGAACACAGCCCACACACUGGGGACUCUGUUCCUGGAGCCAGGACAAGAGGCUUGUCUCUCAAGCAUUUACCCAAACGAUGUCAGACAACCGUGGGGCAGUUGACCUGGAAGGGCCCUUGGCGACGGUCCCCUUGGCGACCAUCCCCUUGGUGACUGUCCCUUAGCAAUCCUCUACAUAGAGAUUCCCAGCCUCUUUAAAUCAAAGUAGUGAGCGCUGGCUGUUCUGCUGGGUUUUGUUCGAGAAAACACACAAUGAUAAAAAGCUGCUGUGACUUCAUUUUAGCUUCAAAAUAUUGGUGUAAUUUAUUAAUUACAGUAACAUUAGCAUGCAUUAGAAACAUUGUUUACUAGGUAUAAAGCAAGCAUGUUAUUUUUUUUUAAAUGUACUAACAGUGUUUGGUAAGCACAGAAGCUCCUGGCUUCUGGCAUGGUGGAUCUGGGAUCCAGUGAAGGGAACUAAAGAUCUUUUUGCUUCACAGAAAGCAAUACUCAGUUAUGGGGCAGCAUCCCCAUGGGUUAUGGAGCAGGUGAAAGGCAGAGAUGAGGUUGUACCUAAGUUUCUCGAUUCACAGCAGGACAGUAAUCUGGCCUCCUUGUGAGUCUCUCUCUGUCACGGUUUUGGGGCUGGGAAACCUAUAUUCCAUCCACAGAGGAUUGAGUUCCUUCCAUUCAGAUUUUGGAUGGCGACUCUGCUAAGACAGACUGGUAUCAAGAGGUCACUGGGGCAGGGCGAACCUGGCUAAUAGCUCCAUAUGUGGCUUUGUGAACUAAAGAAGGUCAUCUCUAGUUCCUUUAAAAAAAUUAAAAUGGGGUUGGGGAUUUAGCUCAGUGGCAGAGCGCUUGCCUAGGAAGCGCAAGGCCCUGGGUUCAGUCUUCAGCUCCGAAAAAAAGAAAAAAAAAUUAAAAUGCUAGUAUGUGCAGGCGUUAAAGUCAGAGAUCAACCUGAGGCUCUUCUUUCCACUGUGUGUGUCCUGGCUGUCCAAGGCUGUUAGGUUUGGCAACAGGUCCCUUUACCUGCAAAGUGGCCUCUAGGCUUCUAGUUCUCUCUUGAUACAGAGUAUGACCUAACAGAAUAAAAUGUAAAUGAGCUCUGUCAGACAUAAACACCCAUGGACCCGCUAAUUCAGUCUAGGGAGAGAAUAUUUCCAUUACUCCCAGAAAGCCCUUGGUUCCCUUCCUAGUGAACACCCCAUCUUUGCCCCAGCAGUAACUUCUUACCUGAUAUCUAAUCCCCACAGGUUUUUUUUUCCUGUUCAUUUUAGGACUGUGAGCUCUAUUUGAGCCCCAGCAUGUCUGUCAUAGGCAACAUGGACAUUUUCAGUACAGCUUCUUUUCUAGCUCAGUCUGCUUUUUGCAUUCAUCCGCUGAGUGUGUGUGUGUGUGUGUGUGUGUGUGUGUGUGUGUGUGUGUGUGUGGUUUGUUCCACUUUGUCACUGAGCGAUAUUGCACUGUGUAAAUACAAUACAGUUGGUUACUUUACCUGCUGAUGGGCGUUCAGGUUUGUUUCUCGUCUGGGGAAAUUGUAAGUAAAGCUACUGUGGAUGCUCUUCUACAGGUCUUUUUUUCAGGGAGAACAAAUUGUCUAUUAUCACUGAGCUUUGGUACCCCCUUUAAAGUUUUUUCUUUAGGAUUUAAUUACUUUUGUUUCAUGAGUACAGACAUUUUGCCUGCCUGUAUAUAUGUGCAGGAUGAGCAUGCAGUGCCUAUGAAGCCCAGAAGAGGGCACCAGAUCCCCCUGGAACUGGAGUUACAGAUGGUGGUGAGCUCCAAUGUGGCUGAUGGAAGUGAAACCCAGGUUCUUUAGAAGAGCAGUCAGUGCUUCAGGCCCACGGUCACUCCCACCAUGUACCCUUUGGAGGACAAUUGCUUACCUCUGAGAUUCGGGACACAGGCGUGAGGGAUGCAGGCUAGGGUAGUUCUUGGCACAAACAAGCUAUUGGUUAGUUGGUGAUGAUAUUAACCACCUGCCACCUACUCCCCAGCAAGAGGCUUAACCUAGCAUCCUUUUAUCCCUGUUUGAUACAUACUAAAGGCCGAUCUGGGUGCCAGCCCCUGUGGAGCACUCUGUGGCCAGCAACAUUUCUCUUUCCCCCAGGAUCUCUCAAUAACUAGUACUGGAUGGGGUGUGGCAUGCCCUAUCAUCUGUUAAUCAGUGAAUAUUUAGGUAACCAAUGCUAUGGCAAUGAACAAAUUGUUGCUCUCAAAGCCUAUCUGUCUGUCUGUCUAUGGGUGAAAUACAGUAUUGUGAUUAAUAGACCUCUAGAUAUUCUAUAGAUAUGAAGUAGGGAAGAGGGUUAAGAUGAGGCAAGCUCUGGGACUGCUUUGCAAGUGUGUGCAUAUGUGAGGGCAUGUGUGUGUGCAUGUGUGUGUGGGUGUGCACAGGCAUAUGCACAUAUGUGUAUGUGUGUUUUUCGCCCUAGUGCAUGCACCUAUGGAGGUCAGAAGUUGACACCAGAUGCCGUCAUAGUUAGGGUUAGUUUUUGUCAGCAUUGUAUACACUUAGACCUCAGAAGUGCUCUCAGUUGAGAAACUGAUUCUAUGAGAUUGGCCCGUGGGCUUGUCUGAUGGGUAUUUUCUUGAGUGCUGACUGACACGGUAGGGUCCAGCCCACUGUGGGCAGCGCCAUCUCUAGGCAGGUGGGACUAGGACAGCUGUAUAAGAAGCUGCAUGAGCAAACCAACCAGAAAAGAUCCUGUAAGGGGCGUUCUUCCAUGGUUUCUGCCUCAAUUCCCCGCCCCAGGUUCCUGCCCUGGCUUCCCUCAAUGGUGGGCUGUAACCUGUGAGCUAACUAAACGCUUCCCUCCUCAAGCUGCUUUUGAUCACGGUGUUUACCAUAGCAACAGAGAGCACAAUUGAGCAGCUGUCUUCCUUUAUGUAUAGUAAGACCAGUUUCUCAUCCCCCUCCUGGAACAUUUUAGCUAGACUGGCUGGCCAACAAUCUUCUAGGCUCCACCACCUGGUUACAGCCCACCAGUACUGGAUUAUAGACGUAUGCCUCCAUGCCUGGCUUUUACCGGGUUAUGGGUAUCCAAACUUGGGUGCCCCUGCUUAUGCUGCAAGCCCUCCCCAGACUGUUUUGCAGUUUUAAAGUGGGAGGUUGAUAGCAGACCUCUGAAAUUUUGAAAAUUUAUAUACAUAGCAAGCGUCGCUUUAUACGUUUUUUCAAAGCAUUGUUAUUUUAUCCAUGUGUAUACCCGGAUGCCUGCAUGCAGGUGUGCACACAUGUAUACAGAUGUCUGUGGAGGCCAGAAAAGGGUGUUGGGUCUUCUGGAGCUAGAGUUGCAGGCAGUUGUGGGCCUGUGGGUGUUGGGAAGUGAACUCUGGCUCCCUGCAAGAACCGAGAGAACUUAGCCACAGAGACAGAUCUCAACCGUCUGAUCUGGUAAGUUUUUAAAAAGCGGCUUCCGGGGCCACACUCCUAGAGAUUUUCGAUUCAUUUGGUCCCGGUAGGGGGAUGCCGAGGAUUUGUCAGUCUAGUGGGCCCCCAUGGGAUGCUACAGCUGGUCACGAGUUAGAGACCACAGUGUGUGUAGUGGCAGCUUGCUUGUUUGUGUACAGUUUUGUGUGGGCUCCUGGCAGGCAGGAACCAUGCCCGCACUUGGCACGGCGCCUUCUCAUAAUGGCUCAGUAAGUAAGUGGUAGUGGGUGAAUUAUUUUGCUCACCACCCACGUAGCUCUGGGUAUAGCAUCUGGUAAGGAUGGGAAUGAAGAAGCGUGCUUACUAAAUGACUGGAGGCUCCCUUUGGCAAAAACCAUGAAGUGGAUGUUACUUCCUAUCCUAGACUUGAGGUACAGCAUCUGUGGGGGGGGGUGAGAUUUGCAUGGCUUUCUUCUGCAGGGGACAAGGGACAGUUACGGGUCCUAUGGGAGGAGCCCUGGGCUGGCUGGAAUUAAGGUUCUCUGUCAGGAGGUCAGAUUCUCUGUCCCGUCUUAGAGUUUCUUUUGCUGUGAAGAGACACCAUGGCCACAGCAAUUCUUAAAAAGGGAACCAUUUAAUUGGGGCUGGCUUACAGUUCAGAGGUCCAAAUAUGGUGUUGGAGAAGCCAAGGGUUGUACAUAUUGAUCAGCAGGCCUCAGAAGGAGACUGUGAACCACACAUAGGUUGAGCAUAGGAGACCUCAAAGCCCACUCCCACAGUGACAUACUUCCUACAGCAAGGCUACACCUAUUCCAACAAGGCCACACCUCCUAAAAGUGCCACUCUCUGUAAGCCAAGCAUCCAAGCACAUGUGUCUUUGGGGGACAAACCGCCACACUGCCCAUCUAGUUCUGCAUCCCGCCUGUCAGAGGCUCCUCCCAGGAUCAAGCUUGUGUAUGUCGGGAGCAGCAGUCCAGGCCCACCACUGCUCACUUCAGCCUCCUGAGUGACUUUGAACAUGUCAUUAGCUUUCCCUAGGUUUUUGCUCCCCUGCCUACAAAGGAGAAUCAAGUCAGCGACCAUCACCCCAUCAAGACAGUGUGGUGUGAGAUAUAAUGAAGUCAAAGGCUGGGGUGUCUUGUAUGAUUGUGGGACAUGAGGGAAAUCCUCCACCAGGGGAAUGGUGAGGAUGCUUUUUGAAGACUGUACUAGUAUGCUUUUCAUUCUUAUAAUGAAGUACCCGAGGCAGACUAGCUUUAUGAUGGGUUAUCAUGGGUUUCAAGCCAGCCUUUGCUACAUAAAGAAACUUGUUGUAGUAACUCUCCAACCCAAUAAAGACCGUGCAAAAACAUACAACUCAGUUAUAAUGUUUAUAGCCGCAUGCCUAGAUUGGGCAGAUUCACCACUGCACCACUCUAUCCCCAGCUAUGAUGUCCCUCGAAACAUGCAGCUUGGCCUCCAGGCCACGUGGUUCCGCGCCAUCUUCCUUCCACCUCUUCUUCCUUGCACAGGCUUAAUGGGGUUGGAGAUUUACCACAAGAGAAACUCUGUCUCAAUCAUAAAAAUAAAUAAAUAAAAAUUGGAAGCUAAAAGAUUUAAACAGGGGUUGGGGAUUUAGCUCAGCGGUAGAGCGCUUGCUUAGCAAGCGCAAGACCCUGGGUUCACUCCCCAGCUCUGAAAAAAAAGAAAAAAAAAGAUUUAAACAAAAUAGAGGGGUAGAUUUAACCUACCAUCUUGGGGGAUGGGGAGGGCAAAGUCCACAGAACACAGCAUGGGCCUUCUGAAUGUCGCCUCACGUCACGGCAAGGACACUGGUGGCCAGAGCAGGUGUGGGAACAAAUGAUUGACUCCAUUUCAAACCAGAGCCACAGGGCAGGGAGAGGUAGGACUUGUUACUAUUAAAGCAUCUCUCUCCUGAGAAUCUCUGAAGAUCCUAGAGACCAAGAUCCCAGCUGCAGUGAAGGGAGCUCCCACUGGGCCUUUUGAGGGGGGUCUUGGAAUGUUGUCCCUGGGGUAAGAGAGGACUCUUGUGUUCCAGAGUGGGCCUGGCAGACAUCUGAUCCUGAGAUGAGUGAAUGAAUGAAUGGGGGAAUGGGAGGGGGAGGGGGCUGCCCAUUUGUCCCCUGUGCUAGAGGAAGUCAGCAUCAAAAUCUGAAGGCUGGAGAACACUUGGAGUCUAGGACGGGAUCAGGGCUAGGACCGAGAGUCUUUGAGUCAUGGGGGACCAGUGCUGUCCCAUGAACCAGCCUGGGCCUGGUAGGUAGGGCAGCCAGCAGCCCUGGAGCACCUGAAUCUGUGCACACUGCACAGGUUCCCACAGAUGCUCUGCCCUGUGGCUGCCUGUCAUUCCUGUGGGCCCUCUCUUUCACUUCCUUGGUUUCUUACAGUCCCAGGAUUAACGUUUAGUGUAGGUCAACUGUGGAGUGCAAUGGACCCAGGAUUAUGGCCUGCUGCUCCCAUCAGCGGUAGCAUGGGGGGGUUAUUCAGUGGUCCAGCCUCUUCCUCUGUCAGAUGGCAAAUCAACUUCUCCCCCGUGGAGGAAGGAUGGUGGUCACAGUGCUCAGGACAGCAAGACCUGCUUUCAUUUCCACUUGCUGAGGAUAGUGCUCUAGAGCUAGAAAUCAGCUCUCGAGCCCUCGGAAGGGUAGAGCGUGGCUUUCCAACCAACAUCCUUUCCCUCCUUUAGGUGGUAGAGAAAACAAGGGGGUUGCUUGGAACUGUCAUCGGCUUGGCCUGGUGACCUCGGGCACAUAGUUUAGCUAUCCCAAGGCCUGUUUUCUUGGAUGCACACAAACUUUGGUAUGAGGUAUUCAACUCCAAGACGAAACUGCUGUAAUUGUCCGACCCACCCUGAGCUGCAAAGUCAGGUCUGGGUUCACACUCUGCCCGCCCCCCAGGAUUACUCUCUGGUAGGAGUAUUCUCACCCAGCCUACUGCCUACAGCGGAGAGCAUGCAGGGUUCCAGACAAACCCCUCCCUACCUGGGACGGCUUCAACUUCAGAGCUGGAUGGCUUCUGUCAGUCACAUCUAUGACUAACCUCUUCCUCUGCCCAACCAAUCACGUGUCCCUCUCCUUAUGGGUGUACCCUAUGCCCCAAUCUUCCCUUAACCUAAGUCUUCCAUGGGUGACUCUUCAAUUCAGAUUAUGUUUUUACAAGAACCAGGUAAACACACAGUGAAGGAAACUCCUCAGAAGCCAUCAGUGAGUUUCAGGAGGCCGCCUGACUGUCCAGGCUGGGGCUGUGUACCCCAGGCCUAUAGAUAGCCCCGUGUCCAGAGCAGACAGAUGAUUUUCUCCCCAGCCUCUAAGCUAGAAUUGAGUGGUCCCCUCAUUGGCAGCUCCCUGACCAGCAGGAUUGGCAGCACCCUCUUGUUAGCAGCAGAAGCUUCCAGUUGCUUUCCAGGUUUAUUACCUCAGAAACUCGAGAUGGAACCCAGUGGUCUAGACAGCCUUGUCUUCUAAUCACUGGGCCAGUGUUUAAGAGAGGCACAUGGGGGAAGGUCAAACACAAACCACUGAGCUUUCCUGUCAUCAGAGGACCAAGACAUCAUCAUAGAGACUGGUCAAAAUUUGAGACAGUUGACACCUCUGUCCCUCUACACCCACUCCCACUCAGAACCAAGUACGCUGACAUAUAAUUUGUGGGUGUCCUUGCUCCCCUGCAGGCAGACCUCACCACGGGGGGGGGUUGCCCUGAGGUGUUUAUCCCUCUGCCUACUAGCACACCCUCCCCUACCUGUAUAUGCUCCUUACCCCCACUUAGCUCCCCUUCUGUUUAAGACUCACCUAUGUGGCAUUUUACAAAAGGCCACGCACUAUCUAUCGAUGCCCCUGACAAUUCUGCGCACUCUGAGUCAAUGGAUAGCAGAUCCACAGUCUUUCAUAUGGUAAAUUCAACUUUCUCAUUGAGUGACUGAGCAUUCAGGUUUGGGCUGAAUUCCCAGCACCAGGCGCACAGUAGGCGCUCUAUAAAAACCCACUGUACACCCAAGGAACCCAGCAAUUAGGCACCGUACGACCUCAAUCCUUCUGCUCACUCUAGAAGGCACCAGAAACCCCAGCCACACCGUAGCAAGUUUUAAGCAUCAAGGUAAUUUGAUCAAAAUUUAUCACCCAGUGCUACACAGCGUCUUCUCACUGAGAUAUAAAAUUACCAUUUACCAUGACUCAUUAAGUUAAUAAUUACUGACCAUAUGUUUUUAUUGCUUCUCCCAAGCCAAGGUGAUAAAUCACCCUGUGGGUUUGGGUCUGUGUAAAUACGACGACUGCCAGCAGUGCAGAGAUGGGGAUUUACAGACAGGAACACGCAGGACUGAAAUACUGAACCGAAAACAGCCCUGCGAUCCUGCUAGCCCCUCCCGGUGUCUGUGAGUUCCCAGGCCUGUCUUUCUCCACCAGGGCACAGUUCUAGAAUAUUCCUGGUUGUCACAGCUUUUGGGAGGCGGUGCUUAUGGCAUCCAGCAGGUGGGGGCCGGGGAUGCUACUUCGAGAUUUUUAACGCACAGGGAAACCUCCGUCACAGCGUAUGAUCGGGUCCAGCGCGCCUGCUCUGCUGGGUUAGGGAACGGGUGUUCUGGACCCUUAUUUGCAUCUGUGGUCACUUCUACCGCGUGUGUUCUUUCCACCCGAGCUUCACGGCACAGACAUACGGCAUUGCUGUCUUGAGCUGUUGGCUGGGCCAAGCCGCUGAUCAAAGGCUUUGGGUUGACGCAUGCGUGUAUCACUCCAUUUGGCAUCAACUCCUGUUCUCAGCCUCCAUUCACUGUCUCUCUUGGGACCUUACAGAGUUUUCCAGGAGCUGUGGGUUCCAUGAUCCUGAGGGCUCCCGGGCUGUGUUGUCAGCCCUUUGGCGUCUUUGACUGAUUGUAUUUUCCCAUACAUGGGUCUGUAUGUGAAUUGUGAAUAGGUGUGCAUUAUGAAUGUGUGUGUGUGUGUGUGCGUGCGUGCGUGCGUGCUUGCGUGCGUGUGUGUGUGUGUGUGUGUGUGUGUGUGUAUAGGUAGGUAGGUAGGGUUUUUUUUUUUCUUUUUUGUCAUCCUUUUGGGGUUUAGAAGCAAGGGGAGGUGAAGUAAGUUCACUAGUUCCUGCUUAGUGAGUUUUGUUUGAAUUUUUGUGGAUGACCCUUUGCCAUUUGUAGGUGGGGACUCGCCCAAAUGGCUAGAGUAGGGUCUGUCCUUUUCUCUGUGGGUGGGCUCCACAUGAAGCCGCCUCCUGAGAGGUGUGUGCAUGGCUGUUCACAUGUGUGCGUAGUGUGCAAGGGGCCUGAGUGCUGUAUGCCUCUUGUUUUUCCUACUGGAGAGCUUUCUCUUGUAGGGGUCUGGCAUCUCCAGCCGGGCCUCCUGCCUUAGGUCUCAACUUCAGGGCUCACUUUCUGGUAGGUCGGCUGCAUAUUACAGCUAAUUAGAGCGUGUUCGUCUCGAAGUUGGGUCUCAUUUUCAGAAUGACUCAAAAACUUGUUGGAAAUGAUUCUGAUUUCAUAAUUAACCCCGGGUCAAUCUCAUGCAUAAAUCUUACUACUGCAAUGGGCUGUGUUAGGGCUGGACCUGGACUUUCUGGAGAGGAAGGUAGACCCUGGGCUUCCGGGGUCGCUUUUUUUAUUCUGAAAACAUUUGCCGAUGGCUCUGUGGGUGAUUUCAGGAGCCCCCAUGCUUCCUCUGUUCUCUCCACCCACCUGAGAGGUGAAUUAACGUUUAAUGGGGAGCCAGGUGGUAGGUAGGUCACAUGACUGUGCAUCUAAUUAGGUGCCUGGGUCCACAUCUUGGUGCUUAGAUGCUGAGUGUCCUUGAACCUGUCUCCUAGCCUCUCUGAACCUUAUUUUCCUAAUACCACACUCUCACCUCAUGUUGGUGUUAAGCUCUCUGGGAGGUCAGAUCUAGCUGGUUUCCCACAGAGAAAAGCUGCUGCUACUUGGGGCUGCUCAGGUCAUGUGGACCUUAGGAGAGCAGCGAGUAUCACCUCCAACAAGGAGUUUGCAUCUUCAGGAGAGAGAACAGGAAGCCUGCGUUUCACAGUAGGUCCUCCAGGAAGCCUCUUGGAGUCAGUCACUUGUUCAGAUUUAACUCAGGAGACUAACCCAGGUGAGACACCUGACGCUGGUGUCCUGGAAGCCUUUGGAAUGGGAACUGCGCAGCCUGUGCCCCUCCACAGGAGGCGCUCUUGCAGCUCUCUGUCCCUGCCGGUCCCAGAGAUAGCAGGACCAGAAUCUUCUCCUCUGUGCCACCCCCCCCCCCCGCGUUUUAGUCCAGGAACAAAUGCAUCACGGCAGGGGGUUUGAGAGCUGCCUUGUCCUCAAAGCUGCUUCUGUACAGCGGCCACAUGUCCCUCAGCUGCCAGGGUCUCCACAGGGGACAUUGCAGUAUAAUUGUCACUGUGCUCAGGAAAUCCCAAAGUAUGGCUACUUUAGUGGCUAUUAGUCAUCUGUACAUAGUUUCUCCCUCUCUAGGUGAAAGUCCUUAGCCAGAGUAAUAUUUUACCAUAGAGCACACGGGCUGAGAAUAUGCCAGGAGCCUCUUACCUCAGGUGGGUUUGCAGCCAGUUCACAGGACAGGUAUCUCUUGCAGCAGGAGGUGGGCAGUGAUGCUUGAACUGUAUUUGCUGUCUCAUUCACCCAAGAGUAGUGGUGUGUGUGUGUGUGUGUGUGUGUGUGUGUGUGUGUGUGUGUGUGUGGUGUGUGUUUGUGUGUGCAUGUGUGUGCAUGUGUGUGCAUGCAUGUGUGUGAGUGUGUAGUGUGUGUGGUGGGUGUAGUGUGUGUAUGUGUGUGUAUGUGCAUGUAUGUGGUAUGUGCAUGUGGUAUGUGUGUGUGUGGUGUCUGUAUGUGUGUGUGCAUGUGUGUAUGUGCAUGUAUGUGGUAUGUGCAUGUGGUAUGUAUGUGUGGUACCUGUAUGCGUAUGUGUGUGUAUGUGUGGUCUGUGUGUAGUGUGUAGUGUUUGUGUAGUGUGUGUGCAUGUGUGUGCAUAUGUGUGUGUGGUGUGUGUUUGUGUGUGCAUGUGUGUGUGGUGUGUGUAGUGUGUGUGCAUAUGCAUAUGUGUGUGCAUGUGCAUAUGUGUAUGUGCAUGUAGGUGUUGUGUUCAUGUGGUAUGUGUGUGUGUGUACAUGUGUGUGGCCUGUGUGCAGUGUGUAGUGUGUGUGUAAUAUGUGUGUACAUAUGUGUGCAUGUAUAUGUGGUGUUUGUGUGCAUGUGUGUGCAUGGGUGCGUGCAUAUACACAGCCUGCAUAUAUGUGCAGAGUUACAGGGCUGUGUGUCUGUGUGGAAGACAGAACGACAUUGGGUGGCUUCCUCAGUUGCCCUCCACCUUACCUUCUGAGUCAUGGUCUCUCACUGAAUCUGGGUUUAGACUAGCUGGCCAGAGAGUCUGGGGGAUCCCUCUUGUUCCCCCUCCUCUGUAUUGGGAUUGCAGGUUUACCUGGCUCUUUGCAUGGUGCGAGGGAUCGAACUCAGGUCCUUACACAUGCAUGGCAACUGCUUUAACUGCAGAGCCGCCUCAGUCUCAUUUGAGGGUUAAAUGGAAGUCCUCAGGAUGCUAAUACUGCACUGUACACUACAUAUUUUCUGGUUGGGCUCUAUAAGACAUACAUACAUGUACAUAAACAUGUAUACAUGGAUAUACCACAGACACAUGAAUAACAUAUACACAUGAACACAUGUACAAAUAUUUCACAUACAUGAAAACAUAACAUACAUGAAUACAACAUACAUACACAUACAUGAACAAACAUACAUGAAUGCAUCACACACACAUGUGCUGCACAUACAUCACCCAAGACAUAUACUUUAUUGUACUCCCCUGGAGUCACUCCUGGAUACAGCAGUUUGUAAGAGUCAGUUCACCUAUGCUCUUCAUUCAUUCCAAUAUCCAAAAGCCAUAUCCAGUCCAGCUUUGUCAGGGGCAGGUACAGUCAUGUGUGGCACCUAUCCUGUAGUAGGGGUCUUCUGUCUUAUCAGAUACGUGACAAGAUUGAUGUGGCAUGUGCAUGGUAAACAUCAGGUCAGGAUACCAUGGGACCACCAGGCCAGGCUGGAGACUGAGGUGAGGGUUCCUCAGACCAGGGUAUGCCUGCCGCUCUGGAUAGUGAUCAGAGACUGGGUUGUCAUUCCAAGUACAAGGACAAGCAGUUGUAAAGGCACAAAACUGACGUCAGGGGGCGAGACUAGAGCCGGUAAAACUAUUCAUUAUUUCCAGGCCUCAGUUUUCCUAUCUCCAAAAUGGAGCUAGCAGUGUCUGCCAGUUUAUGGAGCUAAGAUAAGAACUCACGGUUAAGCGCCUGGCAGAGUUGACUCAAAUUCCCUUUUCAAAUCUAGCUGCAGGUGCCCACAUGCCAGACUUUGAUUUUAAACAAGAUUAAAAACCAGAUAAUAGAAAGGGCCUCAGCAUUGUUACAUAGAGUCCCUUUCUGCCUCGCAGAUAAAGUCCUAACAGUGUCAGAGGGUCCUGGGUUGUUUCUUUCAGGAUCCAGGAAACACAGAGCUGUGCUUUCUUAAUGCCUGGAUGUUUGGUUUUUGUCGUUUUAUUUUUGUUUGUUUGUUGUGUUGUGUUUUGCAACAGAGUUUCUCUAUGAAGUCCUGGCUGUCCUGAAACUCACUGUGUAGACCAGGCUGACGUCAAACUCACAGAGAUCUCCCUGCCUGCCUUGUUGUUAGCUAUAAGCCAUCACCUUGCGGGUCCUGGUGUCCCCAGGGCAGUUUUCUCUGUGGUGACAGGUCUGCCCUGCCUGGUGUUCUCUCUCUUGUCUUUCUGGAAGGCGGGCUGCCUCAUGCAUUCCAGACAGGGAGCUUCAGCUCUCAACGCAGUUUAGAGUCAUUUUCUGUCCAGUGACUGAAUGCUGCAUUCUGGGAGGGCGAUGGAAUCUUUGUGAAGAAUCUUUCCACUGCAGAAUCAGAUCUGUCUCUUCUGUGUGGAGAAAUGAGUUCUAGUCUCCUCAGAUCUCUGUUUAAAACCUCUCUGUGCAGCUCACCUUUGGUCAGUCCCCAUGGGGUCUAGGCACUGACUGCUUUUCAGACCUCACUCUGAACCACUUUGCGUUAAGCCCCAGGCUCCAGGCUCCAGGCUCCGUUCUGGGGACGUGGUGAACAGUCGGCCUUGCUAUUAUUUCUGUUCUGGCUGUUCUCACAGCACUGGGCCUGCUGACCUUGCCUGGAAUGUUCCAACCUGCAUCUCUACAUGGAGACUGGUGAUGUCCACUCCCUUUAGCCUAGCUCUAGCCUCUUGUCAUGCUGUAGUUCCUGACAUGGCCACCCUCUUCCCUAUCCUAGUAUAUUCCUUUGGGGGCAUAAUGUAUCUGUGGAAUUAUUUGAUCAUUUUAACUCUGGAGCUUAAACUAUGAAAACCAGCGAGAUCCGGUUUAUUUGGGCCAUGUACAGAGCAACACCUAGCACCUGCCAUGGUGUUUGCUAUGGAAGGAAGGAGGGAGGGAGGGAGGAGGGAGAAAAGGAAGGAAGAAAGGAAGGAGAGAAAGAGCCAGUUGUUUUCCAGAAAUGCCCCCAUAAUGUAUCUAGAUUGUUUCCAAGAAUAAUCUUAUUCUCCCUCUCUGGGCCUUUCUUACUUCCCUGCCAGGAGGAGAAGUUGUGCCUGGGACUGGAAAGCCAGUCAGGUGGGCUGAAGGUGGAAAUUCCCAGCCUCUGCUUUGAAUUCAGCUUGACCUCCAAGGCAAGGGCCAGCAGCCCCAGCCCCAUCUCCCAGCCAAGGUGACCUUGGCUUUGCCUGAAGGGAUGUGUCAGUCCCUGUUGCUUGGACUGAAGGAUCUGGGGCACAGUCAGCCUGGCCUUCAGAGAUAAGGGAAUUUGUGUCUGGCGUGGGAACAUUUCUGUUCUGUCCCGAAAAGGAGGUCCCCCCCCCACUCUUUAUUAAACUGUAUGUAAAUACCAUGAACAUAGUAUUUUCUACCCAAAAUCAUGGGGGACGGGGGUCACCCAUCCCUAGCCCACUUAAGAUUCCAGAACCCUGCUCAUGUUGGCCCUUUCUGUUUAGUAUUCAAUGCUGUCAAUGAGGCUACCUCCUCCUGGUCUAUCAGAGAUACCUCACUCCUUCUUUUUCCUGGGAGCAACAUGUCAUUUACCUUGUCAUAUGACAGGAUCCUGCCCUUCCCUCGCAUGCCUUCCCACACCCCUAGAAUAACAGCUUCACGGAGGACUGUGGGGGAGCUGUGUCAGUUGGUAAAGUGCCUGGCAUGCACAAAGCCUUCGGCUCUGUCCCUAGAACCGUCCAUUCCACGGAGGGCGGUGUAUACUUGUAGUCUCAGCACUUGGGGGACCAGAAGUCCAUGAUCAUCCUCAGCUCAACAGCGAGUUGUUGCCAGAGUGAGCUACACGAGCCUGUGUCUUAUCAAUCAAUCAAUCAAUCAAUCAAUGAUAAAUAAAUAAUAAAAGAAGAGCCCAUGGCAUACUUAGGGCUCCUGAUUUUGUUGGUUAUUUUUGUAUGAUGAUGUAUGUGCAUAUAUGUGAGUAUGCAGAUUGCCUGUCCCACCUUCCAUGCUGUGUGACUCAGAGUCUCUUUGUUGUUUGUCAUGCCAGCCAGUUCUCUUGCAGAGGACAUAUAAGCCUCCCAGGAUUCUCCUGUCUCCCAUUGCACACCUUAGGAACACCGGUUGGGGGCGGGGACGGGGAUGGGGGCGGGGGCGGAGUGCUGACACACUCCCGUGCCCAGCUUUACAUGGGUUCUGAGGAUUCAAACUCAGGUCUUCUGGCUUGCUCGGCAUGCAUUUAUACCGUCUGGCCAUGUUCCCAGCCUCUGGCAUGCUGUUUCCAAAAGGGUUGAUAGCGUUGCCAGCAGCAGCAGGAGAUGCCCACACAGCUCAUUAUCUUUUGUCGAACCUUCAACUGCGCAGAUCCCUCCUGCCCCGUCUGCCUAACAUGCAGACCCCGAGGUCUUUGCGAUGUGGAAUUAUCUGCCCAUCAAUGCAGAUUUCAGCAGAAGAGCUAUGUUUGCCAUUGUGGUCUGAUCUGUUGUUUUUUAAAUGCCUGGGGUAAUAUCCUCAAUCAGAGGGCAAAUAGAAGAAGGGAAAAGUGGUAAUAAAAAAUGAAUUAGGGUGAUUAGCAAAGGUGAGUGCUUCCCUCCUCAGGCGACAGGCAGAGUUGACGGAGCUUUGCAGGGUGGCUCCUGUCCAAACACGCAGCUGGAUUACAACAACCUCCGGGCUGGCCCUGGGGUCUGCUCUGCAUAUAGGAUUCUACUAUUGCAUUUAGUUCUGCAAAGGUCACGGGUACCCCUCCGAGAGGGAUCAACCCCCGGUGGGUUGGAGCGGGGUCUCCAAAGAGAGGUUCCCCUCCCCCCUUCCAUCUCUGGUCCAGCUGAGGACCUACCUCUUCUUCUGGAGCAGAGACUCUAGUGGGCUUGGUCUCGGCAGGAAGGAAGCAAAGGCUCAUGGGUAAUGCAGCACCAUAGGGGGUCCUGAGAACCAGGAUACUCAGUGUCUCUAACUGGGGCUUUGGUGGGCCUUACAGAAGGUCGGACUGUGCCUCAAGGGGAGGGGCGGACCAUGCACUGCAGUUUAGCAGACACCAGGGCAAGCUGAGCUAGUUCCUCUAUGUGGAAAAGCAGCAGAAUUCUGGGGAGUGAGGAAGGUGUAGCAUUGGGAUUUACACCCACACAAGGUAAAAGGAGCCAUAGUAGGGUUGGCUAAUAUUCAUGACAGUUCACAGUUCCCCACAAUGGGUCCCUAAAGAUUCUGCAUUGCGGAGGUCUGGACCCGUGGUUCUCAACCUUCCUAACACUGCAAUCCUUUAAUACGGUUCCUCAUGUUGUGGAGACCCUCCCCCCCAUAAAAUUAUUUUGUUGCAACUUCAUAACUGUAAUCUUGGCAUUGUUAGGAAUCGUAGAUAUCUGUAUUUGACCCUAAAGGAUUGCAGCCUAUAGGUGGAGAACCGCUGACCUAGGCGUUGCUGGAGGGCCGACCGGAACACGUGUCUCAGUGUUGAAAAGCCUGGAAUCUGAGCCCAACCAGAGGAUUCUGGGAAAAGGCAUGGAUGGGGAGAACUCUCAGUAGAAGGGCUGUGGCCUCAGUUUGAGCCAUAGUUUGGCUCGAUCCUCACAUCCUCCAGAGAUCUGCCAGUACCUACACCUGUAGGGGUGACAUUACAGGCGUGCACUGCCACGUGCCGAGCUUAGGUUGAAGUCAGGUGUUCAUGCUUGAGCAUGUGUAACCUCUUAUUCCCAAGACCCCCUACUAACAGGUUUUGCUUGGGUGUUCAGAACUUUUCAUCCGUUCAAAGGACGAGGGGGACUAAUGGGAAAUGAAGCUGGAGAAACGCAAUACAAGCCAGGGUUGCAGAGUCGCAAGGCAGCGGGACUGAGUGUGGUUAGGGCUCCAUCUGGAGACAUGUCCCGCUCUGUCCUUGAGGGCAGUGGGACUUGUGGAUGCUUUUAAGUGGGAACCAUGAGUGCUGAAUCCACUUUUUGAUAUGUCCUCUGUCUGGCACGGCAAACGGAGAGGAUCUUUUGAGGGUGCGCGCCUGCACAAUCGGUGUGCCUGCAGGGUGUGGUGUACCUGCGGCACAGGCUUUGUGGGAAGAGGCAUCCGGGACUUAUCCAGACCCGCUGGGCCCAGGCUGAGCAUAGAGCCCCAGAAGCACAAAGCGGCUUCAGUCACUUCCCCACAUGCAAUCCGUUCAAUGGAGGCUCACAGCUUCUCGGCUCUUACAGGUGCCGACAGAGACAUCACAAUAUUGUGAAAUUAGACGCCCGAAGCUGACUUCAUUACCAGCUUACCUGGCAUCGUAGCAGCAACCCGCCUUAGCACCGACAGUUGGGUGUGACGGAGCUAAAACUGAACUUGGCAAUUACCGCUCCUGAGAGGUUCUCAGGGGCUGUGAAACGAAGGUUCCAUGGAAAUCAACCCUGAUAAUCAUGGGGUUUAAAAUUAGGCCGUUACUAUUAAGGCUGUGCCAUCCGCAGAGGCUUCGUGAGUCAGGGGACGGGACGGGGCCGGUUUGGGCAGCCUGAGGUACCUUGGGCACACCGGCUCUGGUGUUUGCUUUUCCAAUUAGUUCCAGUGUGGAUGCUCACAGGCUGCUGUUGUCCUGCCCCCUCCCCUGCCUCUGCUCCUUCAGCCUUGGUGUUUCCUUUAGACCUGCAAGGGGCUUUCCUGAGCCUCUCAGUGGGCCGCGAUCCAGGGAGGGCUCCACUCUGGAUUCCUACUCAGAGAAAAGAGCCCUGUGACAAGUCUGAAGGCUCCUUAGCCCUUUAUGGGAUUGUUUUCCUGAAGCACCUGCUCCCUCUUCCUUUCCCUCUCCUUCUCUCUCUCUCUGUGUCUGUCGUCUGUCAUCAGUCAGUCAGUCUGCCUAUCUCUAUGCGUUCUGGGGAAUCUGGUCUGACUCAGGUCCUCAUGUUUGAAAAGCAAACACUUCACUGACUGAGCCAUCUCCCCAGUGCCUUUCCUUAAGUUUCUGUGGACUGUCGCUCACUGUGUCCCCAUUUAGUCCCCAUUUAGUAGGUGAAGACAGCUCAGGGCCCAUGGGUGCUUCUGAAUGGUUUCUAGCAGGUUGUGGGAAAUCACUGUGGGUUGGCCUGGCUGCACGCUACAUCCUUGUGAGAGGGAAGCCAGGGUUCAAGCCUGCUUUGAGCCUCAGCUUUCUUACCUGUGUGACAGGCUCAUGCUGUGCAAGUGUCAGGGAGAGCCUCCUAUGGGGACUGUCAUUCUCAAUGGUGAUAUUUAGGAACUACCUAUGUCGUGCCAGGCACCAGACCAGACUCUUCCAAGCAAGUUAACACCUGCUUGGCCUGCUGAACUCAGGGGAAAGUUAUUAUUCCUGGCUUCACAUUAGAGAGUGAAGGAUGGGGGCAUUAUCUGAACAGGGAGACAAAAGGCCAGAAUUCCAACCCAGGUCAACACAGUCCCCUCACUCUGGAAAUGAACCGCUGACGACCCCCCUCCCCACCACACACACACAGAGAAACACAUCGCAUGCGCUGUCUCUAGGGCUCUAGAGAGGAAGGCAGAAAUGGAAAUGUCUUCCCAGCAGGCCACAGCCCCUCCACAGGAAGCUGACUCAUCUCUUCGCCUCUCUGUUUUGAACCAUUACCAUCCAACAGAGUAAUCUGUAAACUGAGUAUCUCAAACAAAAACUAGUAAUCUAAAACAAAAAUUCUGGGGACCUCGGGUGCAGGGCACCUCCCGAGUUCCAUGCCAGCUGUAACUCCGCCAGCCUGCCCUGGGGCCCUGGUCCUGAGUUGCUCCAUGCUAUGAAAGGAGCACGGUCCUGGGAUGGAGUUGACCCCUGUUCUGAGGUUCACCUUGUCAAGCAAGCCUCAGCGUCCAGCCCGUUUCGACAGGGGGUUACCCACCCCAGCCCUGCCCAGCCCUGUUGCUGGCACGCUCAAAGUGUGUAAAUCAUGACUGAGAAGCUCACCGUCACUUUAUUCCUGUGUGGCACCACACUCUGGGUCUUUCCUAGGUGGUAGAACUCAGCCCAGAGACGCCACCCUGGCUUCCGCCCUGCAGAGCGAUGCUUUUCCCUGCACCUGGAUUGGCAGGAAUGAGCUUCAGGAUUGGAAGAAGCGUAUAGAAACUUCUGGGACUUGCCAUAGGUCAACCUAGUUCAGUUUCUUCAAAUGCAUCCACUUUCUCUAACCAGAUUGUCCCUGACUUAGAAGAGUUAAACCUAAGAUUUCAUAUAUAUAUACACACACAUAUAUAUACAUAUAUACAUACAUACACACACACACACACACACACACACAUAUAUAUAUAUAUAUUUGAGAAGUGAAUACAGAAUUGUGGGUUUGAGGCCAGCCUGGGCUACAGAGUGAGAUCCUGUCUCAAAACAAACUAAUAUCAAAACCAAACCAAAGCCAAGCAAGAAAGUGUCAGGGCCGUGUGCACCAGGAGGCUGGGGCAGUCCUGAUGACACAGUGAUGCAUCAGUCAGUCACCGAAGCCACUCAGCUGUGGCAUCUGUUAGUGUCCCGCACCUGUUUGAGGUGGGCUGGGAUAAGCCGCGGCGUCUCGAGCAGGGUUUCGUUAUUUUCAGCUUGCUGUGGACUUACUAAGAUGUGAUUCUGUAAGUCAAGGAGCACCUGCGUUCGCCCACUGUGCUCCCUCUGAGUGUGCAUGCGUGCGUGUGUGUGCUUGUGUGCUCCUCGGGUCUGUCUGCAUCUAUGGUUGUGUGGCUUCCCCAUUUUGAGUGCCUACCACGUAUCAGGCCUUGUGUAGGAGCUGGACCUCGAGAUAGCUAAGACAGAUAGGCCCAAGCAUCUCAGCGAUCGGGGGUCUCUCGGAGGAAGUCACACAGUAAAUGCAGGAACAUGCCUGGCAUAAGUUAAGAAGCUUGCCGCGUGGAAGAUGGCCCCGUGCCGGAGAGAGGAAGCUCUUGGCAGCUUUGGAAAGGUGGGACGGGCUGGGGAAGAGCAUUGCAGGAGGAGGGAACAGAGGGGGAAAGGGGCAGACAUAGAAGCUAGAGCUGCCCAUCUCCACUCCUCACCACAGUUCCCUCCUUCGCGGAGCUCUAAUUUAGCCAUGUAGGCUGUUGAGAUUACUAGGAAAUCCAUAGGUCCUGGGGCCUACACAGAUCCAAGCUUCAUUGCCUGGUAAAGGGUGACAUUGGCCUCUUGGCCUAACCUCAGCAAGGAUGGUUAACAGAGGAAGGCUUCCAUGUUGGUAUUUUAAGUUAUAGAUGCAACAUUUGCUCCUACAAAAGAAAAAGACAGAAGUGGCUGAGUCCCCUCCUCCUGCUCAUUGGGUGACCGACUUUGGCUAACAGCCUGGUGCCCUUAACAGUGUAAAUCCAAGUACAUGUGCCUCCACCCCAAUUCAUGGGUGCACACACACACACACACACACACACACGCAUGUGCACAUGACAAAAAAGCGAACACGUGUGUGCAUCCUUGAGAGCACCCCCUCCCCUCAUACACACACAGAGUUCAUAUUUUUAUAAAAACAGAACCAUGGCCUUGACUUUCCUUCCUAACCAGUUCCAAAUUGUCCCUGAAGACAAGCCCCAUCCACUCUGGUCUAUAAAAAUGGAUGUGUCAGUGUAUUCAGUCAGUCUGACUUCAGAUCUCAUCCUGCCUCAGGUCUGGGUAAUAAGCAGAGUCCUCUGGCGUGCCCGUGUGCAGGGUGCAGGGGUUUCCUCGGCAUGAGUCUAAUUGCUGAAUGAAAGGCGUGCAGGUUUUACACCUUGACAGGUGCUGACAAUUCGCCUUCUGCAGGGCCUUCCGGUGGGUGCAGCGGCUUCUCCCAGGCAGCGUGCCUCUGACACCGGGGUGAUGCAGAGCUGCACCGGGUAUGGGGGCUAACCUCCUCGUCUGCUCCCCAAGACCUGGUACGGUGCUCCAAACGUGUGGGCCCAAAUUGGGGUAGAAGAUGGGUCUGGAUCAAAGAGGUUAAAUAACAGGUUUUCCUGUUUCACCUUGAAGGAACGGAACGGGAUGGGGGGCGGGGGUGCCGGGCCUCCAGCCAAUCGAGGACCAAGAGUCGUCGGGAGGGCUUAUAAAGCUGCUAUUUCUGGCAUUUUUUUUCUCUUUCUGUGCUGAUUAUGCAGCAGCGUCUCGCGGAGGCUGUCGCGGGCGCGUUCUGCCUGUGCUUCUUUGGAAUGAGGCUCAGGCUCCUCACGAGACAUUGGUGCAUUGCAGUUUGAUGGUGACAGUGCCUACGUGGGGAUGAGUGACGGAAAUCCAGAGCUCCUGUCAACCAGCCAGACCUAUAACAGCCAGGGCGAGAGCAACGAAGACUAUGAGAUCCCUCCUAUAACACCUCCCAAUCUCCCUGAGCCAUCCCUCCUGCACCUGGGGGACCACGAAGCCGGUUACCACUCACUGUGUCACGGCCUUGCGCCCAACGGUCUGCUCCCCGCCUACUCGUACCAGGCAAUGGAUCUCCCGGCCAUCAUGGUGUCCAACAUGCUGGCCCAGGAUGGCCACCUGCUGUCAGGACAGCUGCCCACGAUCCAGGAAAUGGUCCACUCGGAGGUAGCUGCCUAUGACUCAGGCCGGCCAGGGCCCCUGCUGGGCCGCCCUGCGAUGCUGGCCAGCCACAUGAGUGCCCUCAGUCAAUCCCAGCUCAUCUCCCAGAUGGGCCUCCGGAGUGGCAUUGCCCACAGCUCCCCAUCACCCCCAGGGAGCAAGUCAGCAACCCCGUCUCCAUCCAGCUCCACCCAGGAGGAGGAGUCAGAUGCCCAUUUCAAGAUUUCAGGAGAGAAGAGACCCUCAACAGACCCAGGCAAAAAGGCCAAAAAUCCAAAGAAGAAGAAGAAGAAGGAUCCCAAUGAGCCACAGAAGCCAGUGUCGGCCUACGCUCUCUUCUUCAGAGACACUCAGGCUGCCAUCAAGGGGCAGAACCCCAGUGCCACCUUUGGGGAUGUUUCCAAAAUUGUGGCCUCCAUGUGGGACAGCCUGGGAGAAGAGCAGAAACAGGCGUAUAAGAGGAAGACCGAAGCUGCCAAGAAGGAGUACCUGAAAGCCUUGGCGGCCUACAGAGCUAGCCUCGUGUCCAAGAGCCCCCCGGACCAAGGCGAGGCCAAGAACGCUCAGGCAAACCCACCAGCCAAAAUGCUUCCACCCAAGCAGCCCAUGUACGCCAUGCCCGGCCUGGCUUCCUUCCUGACGCCCUCCGACCUGCAGGCUUUCCGCAGCGCAGCCUCUCCUGCCAGCCUCGCCAGAACGCUGGGCUCCAAGGCCCUGCUGCCAGGCCUCAGCACCUCCCCACCACCACCCUCCUUCCCUCUCAGCCCCUCCUUGCACCAGCAGCUGCCACUGCCACCCCACGCGCAGGGUACCCUCCUCAGCCCGCCUCUCAGCAUGUCCCCAGCCCCGCAGCCUCCUGUCCUGCCUGCCCCCAUGGCACUCCAGGUGCAGCUGGCGAUGAGCCCCUCGCCUCCAGGGCCACAGGACUUUCCACACAUCUCUGACUUCCCCAGUGGCUCUGGCUCCCGCUCACCUGGCCCAUCCAACCCUUCCAGCAGCGGGGACUGGGAUGGGAGUUACCCCAGUGGGGAGCGCGGCCUCGGCACCUGCAGACUCUGCAGAAGCAGCCCACCGCCCACCACCAGCCCAAAGAACCUGCAGGAACCUUCUGCCCGCUGACCUGCUUGCUCCAGGGUAGCUGUGGAUCCCGCUCCUUGGCCUGCACACAGUCCCCUGCGUCUGGACUUCCGGCCCCAGCCCAAGCUCACCAGGCUGCCCCCUUCGAGGUUGCUUAGCAACAGACACCCACCCCUGAUGCUGGGCCAGCCACAGGUGUGCUCUCAGUGUACACAAAGAUGCUGAAACUCAUGCUGUGGGUUCCGUGUAAGUAGUUCACUGUUUUAGAACUGUGCUGAAGACAUCUGUAAGAUUAUUCUGUGGGGAGAAGGAAACUUUCCUUUAAGGUUAAAAAAACUUUUAUAAUACCUUUGGCCCAUUGUUUUUUUAAGUUUUAUCUUAAGGGAGACAUGUGCACAAGCAACUGUCAAACUGAUUCUAAUCUGCACACAGAGAGAGAAUGGGAACUUUUAAGCCACACCGAGGGGCAUUCCUCCUCCUCCUCCUCCUCCUCCUCCUCCUCCUCCUCCUCCUCCUCCUCCUCUUCCUCCUCCUCCUCCUCCUCUUCCUCCUCCUCUUCCUCUUCUUCUUCUUCUUCUCCUUCUUCUUCCUCUUCCCCUUCUUCCUUUUCCUUUUCCCCAUCUUUCUCUUCUCUUCCCCUUCUUCCUUUUCCUUUCCCCAUCUUUCUCUUCCUCUUCUUCCUCUCUUUCCUCUUCUUCCUCCUCCUCCUCUUCCUCCUCUUCUUCCUCUUCCCCUUCUUCCUUUUCCUUUUCCCCAUCUUUCUCUUCCUCUUCUUCCUCUUUCCUCUUCUUCCUCUUCCUCAUCUUUCUCUCCUUCUUCCUCUUUUCCUUCUUCCUUUUUCUUUUCCCAAUCUUCCUCUCCUUCCUCUCCUUCCUCUUCUUCCUUUUCUUCCUCUUCUUCCUCUUCCCCUUCUUUCACUUCCUCUUUCCCAUCUUCCUCUUCUUCCCUUUAUCUUUUCCCUCUUCUUCUUCCUCUUCCUGCUCUUCUUUCUCUUUUUCGUUUCUGUUUUACUCAUAUAUCCACCUAUUUAAAAUUGUCAGUGAUGAUUUUGGUUAUCUAUUUAUGAAGAAAAAUUGAGAACAGCAUUGUGGUUUCUCCUUAACAUGUGUGUGGUUCGGGGUUUGGGUUUGGUUUAGGCUUUGGUUCUUGUUGUUCGCAGCUGUCUCCUGGCCCCUACAAUGUCUGUCCUGGUGCCCCAGUGCUUCGCUAAGACCUCUUUGUAAUAAAACUUCUGAAAAGUGGCAAGCAA